AUGAACAGUCGCACCCAGAGUUUUUCUCGGGGGCACCAACAGUACUCGAACGAGAACAUCGAGUACCUGCCGGCGCGUCUGGCCAAAGUGACCACCUCGAAGCCCGCCGCCAACCCGCUGCAGUUCGUCAAGGUUGGGCCGUGCGACCUGUACCGCUCCGCGCAGGAGCAGAUCCGCAAGGUGGAGCAGGUGAAGAAGAUGAAGGCCGAGGUGCGCGACGAGGCGGAGGACUGGCAGUCGAAUCUGGACAACUGGAAGAGCAGUCGCCGCAAGCGGCAGGAGCACAUCAUCGAGCGCGUGGUGGAAGUGAAGAAGCUGGAGCUCGAGGAGCACGAUCGCUCCCGGCGCAAGAGCAAGACCUUCUCAGAGAUCCUGGAGGAGAGGUAUGCAAGGCCCUCUGAUGGUCACGUGUUUCAACUUCAUCAGAAGGCGGCCGGGAGCGCCUCCCAACAGCAACAGCAGCAGCAGAACGCGCGUCGCGCCCCGGCCUCGGCCGCUUCCGUGCGCGAGCGCCUCAGCACCCUGGAGCGCCAGGCGGACGCCCCCGCGCCCGCCCGCUCGCCCACCAAGCCGCGCCCCGCCAGCGCCUCGCGCGAACGCCUCGGCUCCGCCACCAGCCCCAGCCGCGACUCGGCCUUCCAGGCGAAGCUGGCCAACUUCGAGGGCGGCGACUCUCCGCGCUCGGCCAGCCCCGGCGACGGCUCCUCUUCCGCCGCCGAGGCCCCGACCGCCGCCGGCGCCGCCAACAGCAACAGCCGCCGGGCGCAGCUGCACCGCUCGCUCGACAGCCUGGACGUGGGGCCCGGCGCCGCCGCCUCCGCCGCCGCAGACCUCCUCAGCGAGGCCUUCGAGCGCGUGCAGAGCCUGCAGAGCGGCGACACCGACCGCGAGGACUCGGGCAUCCACACGGCAGACGUGUCGUGCUCCGUGAGCCAGGCGGACGAGCCCGUGGACGAGGCGGAGCCCGCCGCCGGCGCCGACGUGGACGCUGACGCGGACGCCGACGUGUCCUCGUCGUCCGCCGUCGCCUCCAGCGCCGCCGCAGCCGCGGAGAGCGACUCGAUGGCCGAAGCCCUGGACGCCGCCGACGUCUCGGAGGAGACGGCCACCACGGUGGGCUCCGAGGUGCCUCCGCACGUGGACUCGGCGCCGCUCUCCCCCAUGACGCCUAUGUCGCCCGUGUCCCCCAUGUCGCCAAUGUCCCCCAUGUCGCCGACGCACGUGCCCGUCGCGGAGGUGGUCGCUCCUGGAACAGAACAGGAACAACUGAUCGCUGUGACAGCCGCAGUCCCCCUUGCGGCUAUGAUUCCUCCAGCGAUCCCGGAAGAACCAGAGGCAUCGCCCGUGUCUGGCGAAUCUGCCGCCUCCACUCCGACAGCUAUGGCGCCCGCCGAAGCCGCUCCCGCUCCCGCUCCCGCCCACGCCUCGGCUCUGCUGCCGGAGCCUCUGACUCCAGUCGCGGCGGUCGCUCCGGAGCCGCCGCAGUCCGCUGCGGCCCCCGCUCCGAAGCCCACGCCCGCCGCCGCGCCCCCGGCACAGCCGGCCCCGCCCGCCGAAGCCUCGCAGCCGGUUGAGAUGCUGAUGUCGACCUCGCCGCAACCGCUGGCGCUGCCCCUGCCACCGCCGGCCACGCUGGCCUUCGGGGCCCCGCUGACGCCGCUGAGCUCGCCCCUGGUCACGCCCACCAGCUUGACGAGCGAGCCCCUGGACACGGCGCUGCUGCCACCGCUCAGCCUCACCGGCGAGGUGGAGAUUGUAGGAGGGCUCUCCUUCCCGCUGGGCCCGCCCACCAGCGCAGAACCGCCCAAGGAGAAGCCGCCCCCGCCGCCCACCGAGCUCACCGACGACGAGGAGCCGCUGCCGGCGGAGAGCCCGCUGCGCCGCCUGGACUCGACGAAGCGCAUCAAGAAGGAGAUCCGCCGCAAGCGCUCCGACUUCCUGGGCAUCGCCGGCCGCGACGACAUGGACGCCGAGGAGCCCGCGCUGACGCUGGCGCCGCCGCCCGACAUGGCGGCGCUGCUGGCCGAGGAGCGGCGCCUACAGCAGCAGCUGUUCCGGCGCUCGCUCGCCUCCGAGAGCGACGCCGCCGACGCCGCCGAGAGCCGCGACUCGGGCGUGGAGUUGGAGCGCGGAGCCGCCGAGGACGCCGCCUCGCCCGAGCCCCACAGCCGCACCAACAGCGAGAUAUUUGGGCACACCAGUCUGACAUCAGAGGAGGAAGAAGUGUCCCGCAGGGAGAAAGAGAUAAUCGCGAAUUUGGACCAAGAAGAACAGUGGCGACGGGGAGAUAGUAUUGGUGAGCAACUUGCAGAGCGCUUGAGAGUUCUGGAAAUAGAGAAGGCAGAAUUAGAUCGCCGCCGUAUGGAGGAAGAAGGCAUUCGCCGAGAGGAAGAACGUAGACUAGCUGCAAGAGAAGCUGCUUUGAGGCUUCAUGAGGCAAGUGUUGUGGAUAACAAAGCUAUGCUCCUGCUGGUAGCAGGUUGUGGCUCAGCACCAAUCUUAUUUCAGAGCACUGAUGAUAGCUCGGAGCUGCAAGAGCCUCUGGAGGAAACGCCGGACACCGGGGUGAGGGCAUGGAUGCAUCUUUUGACCUUUCUCAUUGCAGUGGUUGCACUUUUCAUAUCUCUUGUUCUAGCUUCACUGCAGGUUCUUAUAUCUCAUAGGGAGGCUCUGCGUCGGGAGCAGGCUCGUCUGGAUGCACAACGUGAACAACUGCGAGACUUGGAACCUGCAGUACUGCCCACUACCAUUCAACCACCUCAGUCACCUCAGCACCGAUGGAGUGCUGGGCCCGCCUUACAGUCUUAUGGCAAUAGGCAACCUGAAAUGUCUACAGCCCCUGCCCCACGGAGGCCCCCUCCACCCGCACCUCCAGCAAAACCCCAAAGGGUGGCUUCUCAAGAGCAGAGGGAACGUGACAACAAUGAGCAAAAGUUGGUGAUAAUGAAAUGGAGCAGUAGAGUUCCUUCUGCAGACUGCCUUGCAACAGAAUCCAAUCGUGGCAACCUGCCAACACAACAGUCUUCCGCAGUGCAACAGCCUGUGCAACCUCAUCAAAUGACAAGACAAACUUUACAGGCUCUCAGUGCAGCACCACGUUCUCGUCUCAUCACGAAUGAUACGUGGAUUCAAGCACGACGCAAGCAAGAACCCACCCGACCAGGCCUCAACACUCAACAUUGGCUUAUUCAGGAAGCAGAACACCGGCGAUUGACAGAGCAAGCACAGCGCUGUGCGCCUCCGCCUCGUCGUCCACCUCCACCUCAGCAGCAAUGGGCUCAUCAUCAGCCUCCACCUCCACCACCACCACCUCGGCCAGAAGCGAAACCACUGCCUGAUUCAAUUAUCCAGACAUUAACACAGCGUGUGCAAGGACGAACAGGUCACACAGAAAAAAAGAAGACAGCAGGCGUCAGUUUGAGUCCAAAUCGAGAGCAGACAGUGCCCUUGAAGCAAUUCCCAGCCUCCAAUAGCCCCGCCAACAAUCUACCCCCACCAACUCUCAAUGGUGAUUCCCAAGAAAAGAUGCUUAGUGUUAGUGGAAAGAAAAAGUGUUCUCAUUGUGGGGAAGAACUAGGUCGUGGGGCUGCCAUGAUCAUUGAGAGUUUAAGAUUGUUUUACCAUAUUGACUGUUUCAAAUGUUGUGUCUGUCAUGUACAGCUGGGAGAUGGUCUAAUGGGCACAGAUGUCCGUGUACGUAACAGCAAAUUACACUGUCAUAAUUGCUACUCUAGUGAAGACGGUGUGAAGUUCAGCUGUGUGUGACCAGACAUGUGUGUCCAAUUGUGGUGGGGUGCUUGAUGUUCUCCCUGGACUUGUGCACAAGUGUAUAGUGCUUUUAUAUAAUGUUAAUUUGUAUCAUAUCGUAUAUAGAGAGACUGUAAUAUAAACUUCCUCGUAGUAAGUUUGCUGGCAGGACAAAUGUGCAAGUAAGAAUGCGUGUGAGUAGGCCAUACAUCAGUGUGGGGUGUUUCUCAAGGUAGAGUAAUAUUGAAGCAGGCCUGUCUUGUUUAUUUAUCCUGUAUAGACAGUGCUUAUGUGUAUGAAUUGUAAAUGGCCUGUAUAUAGUGUAGUAGUUUAUGUGUAGGGGAGAAAUGUCUCCAGAGGAUGACUACAGUGCAGUACUACAUCUGCCACAUGUAUAUGUGUAAUAUACCUUGACAUAACCUUGUCUUCAAGCUAACCCUUUCAGUCCUUUCUUCCUGCAUUCACAAUUUUAUAAUGAAAACAACACUGAAAGUAAGAUUUUUAUUGCAGGAUUUCCGAACAUAGUUUGGAUUUAUACUUUGCAGGACUUUCUACUCUGAAACAUUUAUUGUUUAUAUAUUUGUGAUGUGUAGUUUUGUUAAAAUAAAAUAUAUAAUCGGUAUAAAAACCAUUUUGUUGCUACAAGUUUAUUAUUCAACAAUUAUAUCCCUAAGCUCUAAGUUAUGGGC